GAAACUCUCAAAUCCAAGGAGGGUUUUAGGAUUUACAAAGUCACAGUGGUUUAGGCAAAUUUCCUUAAAGCUCAGGGGGUGUUCGUAAAAUGUUCCCAAAAAAAAAAGGAAAACGACUAAAAGUACCAUCUGUCUUCCAAUCAAAAUUGGCUUCAAAUUCCUUGCAUCAUUCUGCACGAGAAUUAGCCGAUCACUCCGUGUUGAAAAUUGAGAAGGUUGGUUGCUCGGAAACAAAGUCGUUUCCUCCAAAAAUAAACAAAUAAAAUAGUUAACUAAAUUAAAAAAUUAUUAACACCCCCGCAAAUUUUCUCAAGCCGUGCCGUCCCGGGCGUUACACGCAACAAAAUUAUAACUAUUAAAAAACACGUUCUUUGACUCUGAUCACCUGCGGUAACAAUAAGGAAACCUCACCGUAGGAAGAAAAUUCCCUAUCUUCAAGAAAAAUUCUACAGAAGUCUCCGAAUUCUAAGCCUCAAAAAUAGGAUUCAACCCCAUUCGUGCGCUCUCAUUUACUGUAUCCUCGUGCAUUUGUCCCCUUCUCCAAUUUCUAUUAAUAAUAUAUCAAUAAUGUGUUUUGUGUGAUCCAAAGGCUAAAAAACAAGUUACUUCAAAGCUUAGCUAACCUUCACUUCCCUCCACCAACAAGUUUCAUUGCUUUUCUUCAUGUCCAAAGCUCUCCUCGUCGAAACUCUUUGAAUUGCAAUGGACUCAGCAUCAACGAAGGCAAUAAGCCCUUUCGCAAGCCCGAACACUGGAGCUUUGCUCAAGAAGAAGAUAAUAGCAUGGAGCUUGGAGACCGGCUUGCCAGCAUCAAUCCAUGUCAGUGUUGGUGGCAAAAUCUUCAGCCUUCAUAAGUUACCUCUGGUAUCAAAGAGUGGAUACUUCAAAAGAAAACUAGUCGAUUUGUCUUCUGUCGAGCUUCCAGAGAAUUUUCCAGGAGGUUCGGAGACGUUCGAAAUGGUUGCACUUUUCUGCUACAAUUCCUCAUUCCCUUUUGACCCUUUUAACAUCGGAGCACUCCGAUGUGCAUCGAAGAUUCUCGAGAUGACUGGAGAUUUUUCCUUGUGUGAGAGGACAGACUUAUACAUAAACCAAGUAGUGCUUCAGAGCUGGGAUGAUACUUUAAUAGUACUCCAAAAAUGCCAGACUUUGCUUCCAUGGGCUGAGGAGCUUUUAAUUGUGAGUAGAUGUGUUGAGUCUCUAGCUUUUAUGGCUUGUAUGGAGAUUUUAGACCCUGAGCAUAAGAAAGAUUGGCCUGUAACGUCUCUUCAGGCCUUAACAGGUCACAAUUGGAGCUCCGAAUUGGUGAAGGAGAUGGCAGGUCGAGACCUGUGGAUUAAAGAUCUAAUAGCUUUACCAUUCGUAUUCUUCCAGAGAAUUAUAAGUUCGUUGAGGAGGCAAGGUAUGAAGGAGAAAUAUGUGAGUCCCUUAGUUGUGUUCUAUGCAAAUAAAUGGGUGCUGUCAGAGAAGACUCAUAAAUUUUGGGAGAAUUCUGAUUUAAAAGAUGAAUAUAAUGAUGUUAAUAGUAGAAUUUCAGAGAUUUUACAAGGAAUCCUUGAGCUUCUUCCCAUGGGCGAAAAAGGUAGUAGAGUGAUCCCUGCAUCAUUCUAUUUCUCUUUGUUAUCACGAUCGAUGAGCCUGAAAGUGAGCAAUGAGAGCAACAUAAAGUUACAGAAUGAAAUUGCAUCUCUUUUACACUUAGCACAGGUUGAAGACUUUCUCUUACCUGAAAAAAGUGUUGAUUUUAUUACCUCCACCCCAGAAUUUGAAGCAAUGAAAAAAAUAGUGAUGAUCAACAUGGCCGCUAAGAAUGAAGAAGGCUACGUUGUAGCAGAAUUAUGGGAUAGAUAUCUUUGCCAAAUUGCUAUGGAUCCAAAGCUUGAGCCAGCAAGAUUCAUGGAACUCAUUGAAAUUAUACCGAUGGCCGACAGAGAAACACAUGAUCAUCUAUACAAAGCAUUAGACACCUACUUAAUGGAACAUCCGCAAUUGUCAAGUGAAGAAAAAACAUCUGUAUGUAAAUACCUCAAUUGUCAGAAAUUAUCGCAAGACAUAUGCAUUGAAGCAGUACAAAAUGAGCAAAUGCCACUGAGACUAAUAGUUCAAGCACUGUUUGUUCAGCAAUUACACACUCACCAAGCAUUCAAGGAGUGCUCAGAUUCUUUCAGGUAUAUUCACUGUGGAGAAUUCUCUGGAAGUCUUUCAAGCUCAAGAUGUCAAAUUCCCAGAAGCCAGAAUCUUGAAGAAAGCCCAUUUGAGAGGGCAACAAAUAUAGGCCCACCUCUAGGGUCUUUUCUGCAAAAAGAUAGUUCAACAAAAAGAUCAGAUUUCAGUAAAGAAGAUUACGAGUCCACGAGCUUUAGGCUUCAGGCUCUAGAACAGGAGCUUGUGUCAAUUAAGCAAAGCCUAAUGAAAAAUGUACCCAAGGGUACUGAUAGCAUGAGCUUUAGAGUGAUUGGAUUAGAGGGGAAAACUGUCGUUAAAAAAAGAAAAUCACUUCGCCACGUUAAUAGUUGUAUCAGUUUGAGUUGGGCUUCUCAGAGGAAAUAUGCAAGUAGAAUAUUGAAGAUUUUGAGGAAAAUAAAUAUGUUAGGGAAUGGGAAAUCUAAGAUUAAGAAAGCUGCUUCUGGUGUUUCAAGCACCUCGCUUGCUUGUGAAGGCAAACCCCUGCAACAAAUGUACAACAGUUAAAACUGAUAAAUAGAAAAGGAAUGCAUGUUUUGUAUCAAAACAGUUAGUAAUUUGAUUCCUGAUCUCCCAAUAUAUAUAAGCAAAUUACUGUGUAGAUAUGCUUGUAAUACAUGCUAGAUCUCCUUUUUUUUUUGGGUGUGUGCAUGUGAAAGGUUCUGUGAUUUAGAAUGUUUCAGAAACUAGCUGGAAGAAUUUUCCAUUUUCAUGGCUGAAAUGCCUGUCACUUCAUAAUCUAAACGAAUAAUAUUAUCUUUCUUAGAAAAGAACAAGGGCAAAUUUUGCUGUUUCGGUAAUAUUUAAAAGCAAUAAACGUGGAUGGCACCAAUCAGUCUAAAACGUUAUGAAUUAGAAAUAUAUUGCAGGUAUAUAAAUCAAGUUCACAGAAUAGAGCAAGAGAAGCAUCAUAAAUAUUUAAAACUUCCUUGCAGCCUUCCCAAGUAGAAACAACCAGUUUGGAUAUUGUUCACUCAUAAACCAGAAGUUGCUUCAUAAAACUUAAAACAGUAUCUCAUCAAAAAAAAGGGCGAACAAAUGAAGUUUGUAUAUACAUACCUGACCUACGACACCCCACUCAACAACAUCUUGUCACAAAGCUCUUCCACUGGUAGUCUCCCUCUUUUACAUAUCCGUUAAUCACGCUUUUAACCAAGACCGCCUAUUUAGUUUUAACACUUCAUUCAAAAAAGUUAUGUCAGCUUGUUCACCUU